CCCAUGGAACUUGGAACUAUGCCAUGGGAGAAGGGACUCGGCAUGGGGACACUGGCUGAGUAAGCCCGCUGAUCCCAGCCUCCAAAUGUCGCCUUUCGAUCAUUCUAUGGCCGUUCGAUUCGAUGGACCCAACAGGAAUUCGGACGGGCCAUGAUUGUUCCCGUGCAGAGUGGGCGAUUGAUUAACGAUUGAUUGACAGACCCACGAUCCAAUGCAGGUCACUGCACGAAAGAUUUAUGCUCCAGCGCUAACUAACCCAUCACUGCUGGUGGUGGUGCUUGAUGAACGUGGGCAAGUCAACACCUCCGAUUUGGAGAACCGGCACUAUGACCCGGCACCUACGAGCAGGGUUGAAAGAAUACGGCGGGCAUCAAACAGGAUAACUAGGACCUCACUCACUCCUUCCACCAUGAUGCAAUGCGUGGAAGAUGAUCUAACUAUCCAAACAUUGGCUGAGAAUUCAGCACCUGGUUCCGAGGUCCAAUCUUGUAGCGUGAACGGGAGUGCGCCUUCACCACGAGGGACUCAGACUACCUUAACUGCCCGGAUGGGUCCAGACACGAUCCCUUCUCCCCAUCCGGGCUCCACCCACCCAACUCCCCCCCCCCAAGCUUUUGCUGGCAGCCACUUGUUUGCGCACGUUGACAGGUUAUCCCCCGCCUCUGGGUUCCCGGGAAGAAACGCUGCUUGGCAUCCACUAAAUCCCAUGUACUGGCACUUUUGAGACGCAUUCUUAUCGGUCGCUGGGCGGAGCGGGUUAUGUUUCUGGGUCCGAUUAAUACUGUAGGUGAAUCCACUCACACCAGGCCAUCCGGGUGACUGUGUGAUCGAAUCGCUGGUCAUGCGUCGAGGCGCUUCUCACGACUCAUUCCAUUCACUAGAGCAUUCGAG